CCCAACUAAUGGUUGUCAUAAUAAUUUGUUUAUCGACGUUUACCCAUGCCCCUAAAAAACUAUGCACUGUAAUAUGUUAGAAAUAUGAUUUUUACUAAAUAAUAUGAAGCGGCAUAAAGUAAAACAGGAAUUAACGUAACUGCAUUGUGUUUUAGAGUACUUUCACGAUGUCGGACCGUUCGAUCGCGUCUCGACCAAGUGGGGAGCAGGUGAUGGCCAUAGUUGAUUUCAUGGAGCAGCAUCCAGUGCUGGCUCUUGGACAAAUGAGGGGUGUCGAAGGCCGGGAGGAGAGUAAGAAGCUCUGGUUCCAGUUGACAAGGAUAGUGAACAAUAUAAAUGGCCCUACCAGGCCUAUGAAAUCUUGGAUUAAGUUUUGGGCCGACAAAAAAUCUACAGUCAGAGCCAAGGUACAAGCUGCUGGUGAUCCUAACAGUCUAUGUUCAAAUAUAGAGAAGAAAAUAUAUGACUUGUUUCUUGCUAAUGACAACACUGUUAACCAGAAGAAUAUGUCUGUGAAGCAGGAGUCACAUUUUAUUGAAGAGCCUUACUUUAAUGAAAACAGUAUGGAUCAGAGUACCGAAGCUCAGCCGGCGUUGGCCAGCGAUCCAGUGGGUGAUGCUGAAGACCAACACAUUGUAAUCUUGCAGAAAUUGGUAACCGUAAUGAGUGACCAAGCAUCUGCGUUGACGCAACUCGCUCACGCCUCUCACGCGAAUUCGCAAGCCAUGGAACGACUGGCAGAAGCUUCCCAGAUACAGGCGCGGGCUUUGGAUCGCUUGGCGACUAGUUUCGAGUCGAUCGGCGCCGCCACACACGACGUAAGAACCGCCAUCAUAGGCAUCGACGCUUCUAUGAAACGCUUCUAUACAAAUUCACCCACUUAGCAUAAAACUGUCUUAGCCAGGCAAUUAUACAAAGUCAUACUCUUUAAGCCCGUUGGUGCAAUGCUUAGCGCCUUUGGUGGAAGUUAAGCAAGCUUCGCAUUGGCUCACUAAUUUAAUAUACGAUUAAGUAUAAUUCUGAGCUAGGAAAUUAUACAAAUUCAUAAUUUCUAAGCUCGAUGGCACAGUGGUAAGCGCGUUUUGUGGAAGUAAGUAAGGAACAUAAGGAAGCAAGUCAGUGAAUGGAUUAUCUCUCACUUCUCCGUGCUUCGGAAGGCACGUUAAAGGAUGAUUCAUUCUAGCCUGUGUCGGGGCCGAGACGAGCGUCGGCCGUAGUACGGUCAACCAAUAUUACAUUUUAUAUGGACACACACUACACCGAGCGGCAACCGAGCAACGGACACCGCUCGGAAACAACUCAGUCCCGCCUCGGCUCGGCCACGGCCCGUUUAAGAAUGCAGCUCCAUCGAGACUCGGUCCCACCCUUGUAAAGGAUGACUCACGCUAGACCGUGUGCCGGGCCCGACACGAGCGUCGGUCUAAUGGCGCGAUUACACUUGGUCGUUAGCCCGAAUUCGGGUAAACGACUAAGUCUAAAUGAACGGAGUCGAGUACGCCCGUAUUCUGGUAGAUUUUCUUUUGUUUACCCGACACCGUCUUCCAACCCGUAUUGCAGUAUAAAUAUUGCUUCGGGUGCCCGAAUUCGAGUAAUGUCUUUCGUGCACCCGAAUACGGGCUAACGACUAAAUGUAAUUGCGGCAUUAAACAAUUUAGUCGGUUACCGUUCGGCUCGGUAUAGCGUGAGUGUGUCCAUAUAAAAUGUCUAAGUUAUAUAAGUUGAGCGUGCCCGGCCCGAAUACAAAACGGGGUGUAGCGUGAGUCAUCCUUAAGAGCGGACGCGAGCUAAGAGACAUUUGAGAAAUAGGUAUUUGAAAAAACUAUUGCUGUCACGCCUCGGGAAAUACCGUGCGAUAUACAACAUAGCUAACGCUGAAAAUUGCGUAUACAAAUUGCAGA